AUGGAUUUGAGUGUCACAGCCUGGGAGGCCGAGCUCACAACAACCUAUGGAAGUGAUCAGGACUUUUAUCAACAUUACACAGGGGAAAUAAUCCUGCAAAUACUGACAGCCAUCGUGGCCCUGGUCGGGCUGGCAGGGAAUGCAGUGAUGCUCUGGCUCCUGGGCUUCUGCAUGCGCAGUAAAGCCUUCUCUGUCUACAUCCUCAACCUAGCAGAGGCCGAAAUACUCUUCUUAUGCUGCUAUAUUAUAUAUUUUUUUCUAUUCAAUUUUCAACUUAUAUUUUGCCAGGGAACUAAUUAG